UGUUGGACUCUUUCUUUGCACCACCACUCUUGCUAUCGCUCUCGCUCUCUCUCUCUCUCCCCGCCUGUCUCUGUCUCUGUCUCUCUCUCUCUCUCUCUCUUCUUCCAGAGCUUUAGAAGAAGAACCCGUUUGUUUCAGAUCAGAUCAGACCAGAACAAGAUCUUUGAAUUCUCUACAAUCUCACUGAAUUUUGGAUUCUAUACAUAGCACCAGAUUAAGCAGUCGUGGAUAAUUUCAUACGACAAAGUAGAACAGCAUGCCGUGGUUGGGGUUGUCUGUUGAUGUGUUUCGCAAAGUUGUGCAGUUAAACUUAUAUUGCAGGGUUAUUCUGUAAAUCAGUGUUUCCUUAACUGAGUCCUGAUUAGUGAUUUUGCUUCUAUUGCCCCACCGCUCUUUGUUCAACUGUCCAUGGGAUCCAAUCACCUUUUCAUCAUUUCUUAUGACCUGCGUAGAAUUAGCUGAAAAGAUAGAGUUAAAACCUAAACUAUCCCUUUUAUCCCCCCCCUCUUGUUUAAUUUCAUCUCGUUUGUCAAUCUACAUCUGAUUUUUCGUUUAAGGUCUAGUUUUGCCCAUUUCCUUCUCUCUGUUGUUGGGUGUUUGUUUUGUGCCUAUACAUUAGUCAGAUAGUCAAGGUUCGAAAGAAGUUAUGGUGUGCCAAGCAGCAAGCCAAACUAGAUUCCGGGCGUUAAAACAUGAGAGUGGGAUUGCAGGGAAACCUACGAUCAUAGUUAGAGUUAUUGCAUGCUUUCAACCUUUGCAGGAUUGCCAAGUGAGUACAAGAACAUAUGCAUUUUUGUUCUCUCAUUCAGUAUUUCUUAAUUAGAAGCCUUGAAUGAUACUGUCUUCUUGUUGCUGUUUUCCAGGCUGAGUACUUCCGUCAUUUGCUUAAACCUGUCACGUAGACUAAUUCCUUGUUUCGCAUCAAAUUGAGCUGGAAAUUGUUGAUUUUUCUUUUUCUCUUUUUUGUUCUAAAAAGAAGCUGCAAGUUUUUGAAUAUUCCAGAUUAAAGCACCAAUCCAUCUCCUGGUGAUUGUUUUACGUGGAUGGUUAAGGCCAGUGAAUCUCGGCUUUGUCCAGAGCAUUCUGCUUGGAAGCCAUCUAAACUGAAUUUCAUGAGCACAGCACUGUGCCCGAGGCAACAGGAACAUUUGCCAACAUGUGUAGACCCUGGCAUUUCUGUGUCCUCUUCACCUAUGGCACUGCCCAUGUUUUCAGUUCCCAUCAUACCAGACUUGAAGACUGAACAAAUUAAUGAAGCUCAUGGAUCUAUUCAGUGUUCACCUCUUCAAUUCCAGGGCUUGCUUCCUACUCCUGACCUUUAUCUCAAAGCAAAGCAAUCUGUGCUGUCUAGUGUGUUUAAUGGGAAGGCUGUGCCAAAUGCAAAUUCUGGGUCUUCUCCAAAGAGGUUUCUUAUUUUUGAUCAGUGUGGGAAUCAGACAAGGCUAAUUUAUAAUUCAGUUUGCUUCCCUGUUGAGAACCCAACUGCUGCCACAAAACCACAUUGUUCUUUUAAGUUUAAUGAGGAACCGGAAGCAGCUAGAGUGUGUCAAAUUGAUCCAAGCAAGUACACUUUGCAAGAAGAGUCUGGUGAAAAUAUAAUAACUCGUGAGGAAAGCGAGAUGCAUGAAGACACCGAAGAAAUCAAUGCCUUGCUUUACUCUGAUGAUGAUGAUGAUUGUGAUGGUGAUGACGAUGAAAUAAUGAGCACAGGUCAUUCUCCAAUUGCUAUAAAGAGGAGCCAUGAGAAACAUGAACAGGUUGAAUACCUAAUGGAUGAAGUUACUGGACCUGACAGUCGAAACAAAAGGCAGAAACUACUCGAUGGUAGGUACAAAGAAUCGUCACCUAUGGGCACUGCUAGUUCAGUAAAACUGGACAGAUCUGCCGAGUACGAUAGUGAUGCUGAAUCAGGCUAUGCCAUUGGCCAGAACCAAGCUGAGGAAGCGGGUUCUAUUUUGGGAAAGGUGUGUUUUAAAAGGGAUAAAAUCCGUGAGACAUUGAGAACACUUGAGGGUAUAAUUCCCGGUGCAGAGGGUAAGGACCCAUUGUUGGUUAUUGAUGAAGCUAUAGAUUACCUGAAGAUUUUGAAGAGCCAAAUCUCUAGGAGCGAGCAAGCAAUAGGUUGCACCCUCCUUGGCAUGUUUGCCAAAGGGUUGGAAGAAGGGUGGAAAGGUGGUAACCCUUGAUUUCUUGGCUUGAAUGAUUGAAACUUAGAAAGAAGUGUAGUGGCUUUGGUUUUGUGGGGCCCUUUCCAUCUUUUCCUGAAGAGCUGUAUAUAAUGGGCCAAUAAAGGGAGGAUGUAAUGGUAUCGAAAUGCACUUUGGUUGCGGGGAGUGAUGAAAAAAUGGUGUGUUUUUGUUGACUAGAAAUAAUUAUCUUUUAGCUUUUGGGGGAUUAAAGAUUAAAGAAAGUCGCAAAGAUUUGAACGCAUGGGAGAUGUUAGUGGUGGGCUGUGCUGUAAAAUGAGGACCCUUUUUCCGGAUUGUUGAGAACCCCCCAUGGAACAAGCGCAUGCGUGUUUGGUAAUCAGGGGUCCCACUUUUAAUCCCUCUUUUCUUGUUGAUUUUAUGCUUUUGUCCUCCCUUGGAGUUGGUAUAAAAUUCUAAAGGGGCGAAGAAAGUUGCCGGUGUGGAUGAGUGCUUGGAGUGAGAGCAUAGUCUUGCAUCAUGCAUUUCGGGCCCCUUCUUUCAUCAAAUCAUGUCGGAAAAGGUUAUUACUUGUUUUACAUGAGGGGGAAAGUCGAGUCUAUUGUACAGUGAUGCGUGGCUUUGAUUAUUGUGGACGAGUGUGUCUUUUGCGAGUAUUCCUUUGAGUCGGUUUGGAUUGUUCUGUGGUGACUAUUACGACUUUGUCAGUUUUUAUGUUUGUGUGUGAAAAUAAUUGGGAGUGUGGAUGCUGCAGUGGUGGUUGUGGGGAUGUGGGCUGCUUUGCCUUGGGAUGGGUGGAUCGGAGUUUACUUUGGCUGAUGUUUUGUUGUUCUUGUUGUCCAGUGUCCUAUGUGACUGUCCUUUAUGUUUGCUUUUUGUAAAAUUAAAAAGAUCUCUGUUGUGAAUU